GGACAGAUUUAGCGCAUGCGCACAUAGUGGUUUGGCUGCGAGUCGCGCUGAUGAGAUGAAUGCAAAAACUGGGGAGUCAACAUGUCCACCGCUGCUGCUCAGCAAAACAAUAACGAAGAGCCCGGGCUUCACGGCUCUUGGGUUGAGCUGGAGCUGAAUGGGAACACGGGGGCCCAGGUCAUGCCGAACAACCUGAUCAUGACCCCCGCUGCCGACCAGAUAAAUGCAAAUGCCGGCGUGAGUCAAACUCUGCAGACCCUGGAAGUGGUGCCCGAGAGCGAUGAAAACUUUAUUGGAGGAUUAGAGCAUGUGCCGUCCUCUUCCUCAAUCCACAACGGAGACAUGGAAAAGAUCCUACUGGAUGCUCAGCAUGAAUCCAGCCCAAGCAACUCCACCUGUGACAGUCCUCACAGGCCACCAAGUCCAGAUCAGGAUGAGGGUCAGAUAACUUUCGAUGUGGAGAUGUCCAGCCAAAGAGAUAGCCAGUCAGAGGACGACUGUGUGGAGAAGGACCGAGAGGAAGACAUCCUAAUGAGCAAAGAAGUAGACUGGGUCGCUGAUUGGUCCAGCAGACCAGAAAACAUUCCACCAAAGGAGUUCCACUUCAGACACCCCCGACGUUCAGUAUCUCUCAGUAUGAGAAAGAGUGGAGUCAUGAAGAAAGGUGGCAUCUUCUCUGCUGAAAUCCUCAAAGUCUUCAUCCCUUCCUUACUCAUCUCACACAUCCUCGCUAUUGGCCUCGGGGUGUACAUUGGGAAGAGAAUUGCCACAGCCUCCACCAGCUCUUACUGAUUAAAUGAUGAUGCAGUGCCUGUAUGUUCUUGUGUCUCCAACCAUCCUCCCAUUGUCAAGAUGUCUCUCUGCACCCACACCUCCACUUCAAUCUGCAUUUGAUUCUGUUCCAUUGUAGAUGUUAGUUAAAGAAGUAUGCACAUGAUGUAAUGUGGUUGCACUCCCAACACAUUUUGACAGAGCAGCAUUGUACCCAGAAAUUGUCAUCAACUCAAAUCCAGUAGAUAACAGAUGUUGUUAGAGCUGGAAUAUGUUAGUCAUUCUUUUCAACAACAACAAAAAGAAUCAUGUGAUAAGGAUUUGAUGUCAGAUUACUUCAGGGUUGUGGAUUUUUUUCUGAAAUUCCUCCACUUGAUUUGAUGUUAAGUCAUGAGUAAUCCGGCCCGCCCCUGAGCUGAAACUCUCCUCUGGUGUCUCAGCAGGCAGAGGGUAAAAACCCAAAGUGUGCGCCAUAUCUGCAAUACAAACGAACUGAAUUGGUUCUGGGAACAGAUGGAUCUUUAUCUUUAUCGCCUUAACUUUUUGAGCUUAACUUUCAAGGUGCAGGUAACUGGGGGUGGACAACAAAUGAUGCUGCACACGUGGGAUUUAUAUUCCACACAUUUUUUGAGAAAAGUUGAAUCACGUUGCCUGAUGAGCGUUUCUUUUAAAAGCUUUUAUUUUUUUUAAAGGUUGGAAAGCUAAACCACUGAUAUAGUGUGUGGCUCCAAAAUUAUGCAGUGGGGUUGUUUGAGUAUAUCAUGAUAGUAGAACCAAUGCCAAAUGGCAAUUCACCAGGCCAUUUGGUUUUUCUUUUUUGCUACAUAUCUCCUUUAACACAUAAUAUAGCAGCAAUGGCAAAGUGCCAAAUUUUAUUCUUUCACCACUGCACAUUGGUGAUUCAUCUUAACUGUUGUUGGAUUUUCUUAUAUGUUUGAGUAUUUAAAGAUGUAGAUGUGAAAGAUAAUUUAAAACUGUGAUCUGCCCCAUGUAAUAGACACCUUUUGGCAUUGUAUAAUUUGUAUUUACGUUGAGAUUAAUGCAUAUUAUAGCUUAUGUAUUGUGGCAGUGAAAGUAAUGUGUCUUUGCUGUUGUUUAAAUGCUGAAGCAUCAGUUGCAGAAAUCCCCACAGAGGGAGUUGUUUUCCAGGGGCCUCAUUUGAGAGUGUUAUCUGACUUUUUUUAGUCUUCACUGUGCAAUCAUUCAACAUAUGGCAAUACAGUGAUAAACGUAUAGUGUAUUUAAAACCUCCAGAAAAACAACAGAGACAGAUAUGUGAAGCAUUUCCUGAAGAAAAUGCAUGUGAUUUCUGUGUAAUGAUGCUGACUGGAUGACUCUCAUGUCAUUGUAGAUUGAUGACAUAAUCAUAAGAAAAAUCAUUAACCAUAAUGCACAGUACUAGCUGUAGUGGCAGUGUUGGUUUUCAGGCGCUGAACAUGCAUUUAGGCUUGAAUGCAUCAUAUAACUCCUACUAACUUAUAAACUGUACAUGUCAUCCUAACAGGCUUGUGUACAGUCGAUCAGUGUGCAAUACAUUUUGGAAUUUGAAUAAAGUUUGUACUGUAUGCAGUGACUGAAAUAUAAAUACAAAGGAAGUGAAUAGACCUCGAUGCAUUAUUUAAGCCAUAAUAACUAAUAAAAUCCACAUAUCAUCA